CCAUUUAUUGAAGGGAUGCAUUCCUCUCCACUCAGUCCCACGUCUAAACGUUUCCAUUCCACUCAGCUGUUGAGCAAGACGACAGCCGAGAAGGCCGAGUCGGUACGGAACGAUCACGGCGGCACCACCAAGAAGCUGCAGCUCAACAACAAGCAGAGGCCCAACCAGAACGGCUGCCAGAUCCGCCGGCAUUCCGCUCCCGGGGCCGCGCCCCCCAUCAAGAAGAAGCCCAAGUUACUGAACUUGAAAGAUUCGUCCAUGGCCGAGGCCAGCAAGCACGGAGUCGGAACCGAGUCGCUGUUCUUUGAGAAGGUGCGCAAAGCCUU